AUGAAGAUGUUAGCUUCAUUGCUUCUCCUCCUCUUCUGCUUAGAUGAUGUUUUUCCACACUCUUGGAGUAACAACUACUACAAAGACUAUUUAAAUCGUUACUUUCCUCCAUCUCGAAGUUACGACCGCUAUCAACCAUCAUCCAACGUUUACGAUCCAUAUUAUCAACAGUAUCAACGAUACGAUCGUUAUUAUCCACCAUAUAGAUUCGAUUAUCAUCGCAGUUACGAUAGAUACGAUCGUCAUUAUCCAAGAGAAGACGUUUAUGAUAAAUACCAACGUCUCGGAUUUAAUUGCCAACAAGGAUACGGAUAUGGAUACGAAUGUUACGAUGAUUAUCGUCAUUAUCCUUGGCACAAUACGAGAUAUCCAAACUAUCCUUGGUAUGACGAAAGAUAUCGUUAUGAUUAUCCUUAUCACCGUUACAGGGAUUAUUACGAUCCAGGAUGGAGUAGAAAAGCCGUUAGCAACAACCCAGAUAAAGAAAAAGACUCGAAUCCGUCUAAAGAAGAUUCUCCCGCCAAAAAGGACAACGUUGAAAAUUAG